AUGGAGGAACGUGGGUCCCCUGACGGGGACCUUGCUCGGAGCCUGGAGCAGGGAUCAGAGGGACCGGAAACGCCCAUCCAGGUGGUACUCAGGGUGCGCCCCAUGAGCGUGGCCGAGUUGCGUCGAGGGGAACAGAGCGCAUUGCACUGCUCAGGGACCCGGACUCUGCAGGUGAGUCCUCCCGGUGGGGGCCCCGACGUGGCGUUCCGCUUCGGCGUGGUGCUGGACGCCGCACGCACGCAGGAGGACGUGUUCAGGGCAUGUGGGGUGCGGCGCCUGGGCGAAAUGGCCCUGCAGGGCUUCUCCUGCACCGUCUUCACCUUUGGCCAGACUGGCUCCGGGAAGACCUACACCCUGACGGGGCCUCCUCCUCAGGGGGAGGGGGUGUCCAUACCCCCCAGCCUGACUGGCAUCAUGCAGAGGACAUUCGCUUGGCUGCUAGAUCGUGUGCAGCACCUGGGCGCCCCUGUCACACUCCAUGUUUCGUAUCUGGAGAUCUACAAUGAGCAGGUUCGAGACUUGUUGAGCCCGGCAUCUCCCAGGCCCCUCCCUGUUCGCUGGAACAAGACUCGGGGCUUCUAUGUGGAUCAGCUCCGCGUGGUGGAGUUCAGGAGUCUAGAGGCCCUGAUGGAACUUCUACAGAUGGGCCUUAGUCGUCGGAGGAGCUCGGCUCACACCCUGAACCAGACCUCCAGCCGGAGCCACGCCCUGCUCACACUCUACAUCAGCCGCCAGACUCCCCAGCAGACGCCUCCUGUGGGCCCCGGAGAAGCCCCUGCUGGUGGGAAGCUGUGCUUCGUAGACCUGGCCGGCAGUGAGAAGGUGGCGGCCACCGGAUCCCGUGGGGACCUGAUGCUGGAGGCCAACAGCAUCAACCGCAGCCUGCUGGCCCUGGGUCACUGCAUCUCCCUGCUGCUGGACCCACAGCGGAAACAGAGCCACAUCCCCUUCCGGGACAGCAAGCUCACCAAGCUGCUGGCGGACUCACUGGGCGGGCGUGGGGUCACCCUCAUGGUGGCCUGUGUGUCCCCUUCUGCCCAGUGCCUGCCUGAGACUCUCAGCACCCUACGAUACGCAAGCCGGGCUCAGAGGGUCACCACUCGGCCACAGGCCCCCAAGUCCCCCGUGGCCAAACAGCCCCCGCGUUUGGAGACAGAGGUAGUGCAGCUACGGGAGGAGAACCGUCAUCUGCGGUCCCAGCUGGGCCAAACGAACCCCAAAGGGCUCAGUGGGGCCCGGGGCGCCUGGGCUCAGCGGAACCUUUAUGGGAUGCUGCAGGAGUUCAUGCUGGAGAACGAGAGGCUCAGGAAAGAAAAGAACCAGCUGCAGAGCAGCCGGGACCUGUCGCAGGAUGAGCAGCGAGUCCUGGUGCAGCAGGUCCGCGAGCUGGAGCGGCGCCUCCUCUCUGCCUGCUGCCUUCACCGUGCCCGCCCUGACCCAGCCCCACCGUGUCCCUGUGUGGCGGGCCCACAUCCACCUUGCCAUGUGCUGCCACCCCUCUGCUCCUGCCCCUGCUGCCAUCUCUGCCCCCUGUGCCAAGCACCUCUGGCCAGCUGGACAUGCUCACGGAGAGGGCACCACCUGCCCCAGGUGUUUGACCCUAAGGCUCCAAGCGGCAUGCCCCCAUCUGCCCGGCCCCCACCCUGGGUGCCACCACACAGCCCUGGCUCUGCCAAGUGCCCGAGAGACAGGAGUCACAGCGACUGGACUCAGACCCAAGUUUUGGCAGAGAUGCUAACCGAGGAGGAGGUGGUGCCCUCUGCACCCCCACUGCCCAUGGAACCCCCAAACACACCACCAGGGCUGAGAGGUGGGGCUGCAGCCCCAAACCUGGCCCGGAGGCUAGAAGCGCUGAGAGACCAGAUCGGCAGCUCCCUGAGACGUGGCCGGAGCCAGCCACCUGCGCGUCAGGGCACACAGAGCCCUAGCCGGGCCCGCCGGCCCCGCUGA